AUGAAAACCAGAAAUUCAAAAACAGUUGCAAACAAUAAGAUACAAACUACUUCUAAACCUGCUCAAUCUGCUAAACGAGGCCGUUGCAAAAAGAAGCAAGACACAAUUGCAACUUUUUCACAAAUAAUUGAUGACCUUUUAAAUGAUGCUAAUAAUCUGCAAGGCAAAUAUUAUUUUUAUUGGACUUUUAUAAUUAGACAUAAUUUUUAUAAUUCUCCUUUAAAUAAAGAAGACAAAUAUGAGGUUGAUAGUAUUAGUGAAUCGUCUCAAUCUUCAAUCAUUAUACCUUUACGACAACUAUCACCAGAUCUAAGAUUGAGAAAUGAAUCACCUACUUUAAGGUCAAGGAUUUUGUCUCAAGUAAUACCACUUUCGAAAUCAAGAUUUGCUCCCACACAAUAUUUAUCACCAGCUUUAGAAUCGAGAUUUGCAUCCUCAAGACAUUCAUCACCAGCUUUAGAGUCAAGAAUUAAUACUCAAAAUGAUUUCACUUCUUUCUAUCAAAAUUCUAUUAAUCCAAUGAUCACAUCUCUAAAAAAGUCAUCUGCUUUAGAACUUAUGAACUUAUCGAUGAAAAUACCAGCCACAGAUAGUUUACAACUUACUCCUUCCACCUCUUUGGCAUUAUCGUCUAUAGCACAAGAUCAAUAUGAAAAAAAGACAAAAGCCAGCCAAGACUAUUUAGAGAAGUUGAAAUCCGAAGGUAUUGAAUGGCUUCAAGUAGCUAAAAGGCACUUUGGUGACUUCUGUAACAAAUUAAUUAAUAAUAUUGAAGAGUUAGUUAAAGAUUUCAAAAAAAAGAGAAUUUGUUCUACAACAAGCCUGUUACAAAAAGAAAAAAUUAUUGCAUUCGCGGACGAAUCUGCAACUGUUAAUAUAUUAAAUCGUGUGUUUGCUAUUAAUUAUACAACAAGAGAUGUUGAGGGGACAAGAGCAUUAGAUAGGCUGACUAAAAAAUAUUGCCAUUCCAUCACGAAAUGGCAAAAAUUUCACCAGCAAUAUGCAAUUAUAAUACUUUAUAUUUGA